CCUUGAAUUUUUUUUGAAUUUAAAUGAUCCCCACUCAGUAGUUAAACACUCGACAUACUAUAAAAAGAGCUCGUGAAUUUGUGAAUUUUUAUUGUAUUUGCAUGAGUGAGGAUGAUUCGACAGUGGAAUUUUUACCUUGGUGUAUUUUUCCUGGCAGCCCACGUGGCUUGUUCAGUAGAUUCAGAUUGUGAUAAGACAAAAUGUCUGGGUCCACUGAUGCACUAUAAGGCACUUGGAUGUAAGCCAAUUUAUCUCAAGACAGAUGAUUGUUGUCCUUACAAAUAUGAUUGUGAUCAUCUAAAAAAUCGAUCAGAUGACAAAUGUUACGUCAAUGGACAUGAAUAUAAUAUUGGAGAAGCUCUCAAAGACGAAGAUAGAAGUCCAUGUGAUCAUUGUACUUGUGUAUUGAGAAACAAUGUGGCACUGUUUACAUGUGCAGCUUACAGUUGUCCUUAUCCUGAUGCAGGUGAUAAUUGCUAUGUUCGACAAAAUGCAACAAGCUGUUGUCCAGAUUAUGAAGCAAUAUGUCCUAAAUCAUUAGAAGAACGACCAACUUGUGAUGUCAAUGGAAAAGUUUAUUUAGAUGGUGAAUACUUUGAAGCUGAUGGUUUGGAGUGUUACUGUGGUCCCAAUUACCAAGGUAAAAAUAUUGAGCCAUUUUGUAGAAAACCAAAACAAGUACCGUGUAGUCUCGAUGUACAUUAUUCAUAUGAUGUUAGAAACAAUUGUCCACCAGUUUACUAUGAUGGACAAAAUCCACAAACAAGUUGUGCAAUUAAUUUUAGAUGUGCAAAUGAUCGAGAUGAAAUCGUAAAACAUGGAAAAAAUGAAAAUGUAUCAGAUGAUAAAAAUAGCGAAGAUGAUGAAUUUAAUGUAAAAUGUAUUUUUGGUAACAUGACACUUCGUGUUGGUGACUCAUUAAAAUCAGCAACUGAUUAUAGUUCAGUUUGUGUUGAUUGCACCUGUGAAAUUCCACCUAUGGUAACAUGUCGUCAACUUCCUGAGGAUAAAUGUGACCCAACUAAACAUGAAGAUUUUAAUGCACAUAGAUUAUAAAGCAUAAUUUCGAAAUAAACAAUUGAAUUACAAUUACAAGUAACUAUUGUAAGAAAAAAUAAUUGUAAAAAAAAAAAAUAAUAAACUUUAUAUCAAUAGUAACAUUAGUUAAUAUUCAAUAGAAAUUCAUACAGUUAAUCUUAUAAAAAAUUACACAAUAUAUUGUACAUAAUAAUUUUGUUAAUUAAAAAAAUGUUUAUUUUUUUAAAUUCUGUUGUUUGUAAUGACAACCUGAAACAAAAACAAAUAAUAAAUUAUUGAAAA